GUCGAAAUUGGACGUUGGUUAUUUACAUGACUGUGGUCACCAGCUCAGUUCACACCCUUGAUCUCCACUGAAUAUGUGUGCGGAUUCAAUAUACCGAGUGGCAGUGGACUGGCGAUGCUCGUUCCGAAUUCGUGGAGCUGAGCUUUCGAAGCCUUCUCUUCGCACUAUUGGUCCUACGCCUCACACAGGUUUCUGAAAGGCAGAAAUACGAUGAACUCGCCAAAGCUCUCAGACUCAAGAGAAACGGAAUCAGUCCACUCAUCGGGCGAAUCGGACAACGAUGAAGAACUCUGGCUCUUACCACCGUCUACCACCACUGCUGCUCCUCGGAUCCUACCACGUCCUAGUGUGAUUGGGACGGCGUCGGAUUUGGAAUGGGCGGCAAGGCCGCAGCACGGAGAUAUUUACGAGCGAUUGGAAGACUUUUUUCCCGAACACGACUUGGACAAGCCGAUUUUGGCCCAAGAGCCGGAAAACGUUGAAGACGCUAAGGAUUCUGGGACAGUUGCAGCUGUACGGAGAAUUGCCGAGCGAAAAUCGAUACGGACACUUGCAGAGGAAUACAGCAAGAGAAAUCGCACGAACGCUGUGGAAGGAGGAACACCGACUGAUACAGAACUCAAGAAAAGAACCAAACUAUGGGGAAGCAAACUGGAGGUUCAGCAUAUACCAGGAACUGCCCACUCCCUACAGCCCGAUUCACCUUCCAAACCUCAACCUGCUGCAUUCAAAUGGGUCUGCGGUGAACUCAUUGGGAGGGGCACCUACGAUCGAGUCUACCAUGCUCUCAACGCCGAAACAGGAGGAAUGAUGGCCGUGAAACAAGUAGAAUUGCCUACGAUGGUCAACGAUAGAAGACAAAUGUCGUUUUUGCAUGCACUCAAGAGGGAGAUGGAAAUGUUGAAAGACCUUGAUCAUCCGAACAUCGUGCAAUACCUAGGCUUCGAGGAAACGCCCUCAAAAUUGAGCAUGUAUGUCGACUCUUAUUUUUUUCGCUUCUGCUUAGUAUUCCUCUGUAGUUUCUUAGAAUACGUUCCCGGUGGUUCCAUCGGUGGUGUCCUUCGAACGCAUGGCAAGUUGAAUGAAGGAAAUACAAUAUUCUUCACGACGCAAAUUCUAGAAGGCCUCGAUUAUCUCCAUUCGAAAGAUAUCACUCAUGGGAACCUGACCUCCGACAACAUCCUAUUGGAGACCAACGGGAUUUGUAAGAUCUCUGACUUUGGGCUCUCAAGGCGCCCUACCGAUCCAGAGAGCGAAGAGCUCAAGCUUCACGGAGCGGUCUUCUGGAUGGCACCCGAAUUGCUGACUUCACAGAGGGACCAUUCCUCCAAAGUAGAUAUCUGGAGUAUCGGGUGCUUAUUCUUGGAAAUGGUAUCAGGAAGGCGACCGUGGACUGGUGAAAACACAUUUGCAGUCAUGCUUCAGAUCUACCAGAAGCAGCUACCUCCACCGGUACCAGUAGGUACGCACCUACCGGACCUCGCAGAGGAUUUUAAAGCGAGGUGUUUUGCAAUAGAUCCGGACGAGCGUCCGAGUGUCAAAGAACUACUAGGUCAUGAGUAUCUGAAGCUCUCGCCGGAUUGGAAGUUCACUAGGUUUGUUGAAAGAACGGAACAAAGGUCGUAAUCAAAUCAUCGUAUAUUUCAUUAAUUUAUCAUCUACCGUCCAAAUAUGUUUCGAGGGAUACCUGGCCAACAAUACGAACUACCGGAAGCCUCGGGCUCGAAAACUUGGAGCAAGGUAUAGC